AUGAUCGCCAAGCUGGGCGGCAUCAACGACACGCUAGUCGGCCGGUACGUCCGUGUGAUUGUCGGUCACCCGCUGCAGGCGCUUACCACAAUCGUCGCCUCCGUCGACGUCUGGGUGCUGGCGUUGUCGUUCGACGGCAGCACACACCGCGGUACGCGCUUCAUGGAUAUCCGCGAGACCAUGAUCGUCAAGCUUCUCUAUGCUCUAUUCAUGGGAUGGAUUCGGAAGCUGAUCGGCGUCAUGAUGGAUGGGGAGAAGACGAACAUGGGGCACCGAUACGGCGUUCAGGUGCGCAUGGUGACGUACGCCCAGUUCAAAGUCGUCCAAGUGUGGUGCGCUCCACACCAGCUCGACCUGCAAGUUCACUUGUAUGUCGAUGAGAUCGACGGUGGCGCGUGGGUGAAGAAGACCUACGAGGUGACCGUGUACCUUCGCCGGUAG